AUGUCUUCUCAGUCGUCCUUAUGCCCUUCUUGUACUGACCUGAUGCAAAGCUAUUUCGUAUAUUCCGCGAUACUGGCGAUAAAGCUGUUAGCUUUAGCACCCUUGGCCGCAGUGAUGUGCAAUCCCGAAAAGGUACAAAGAGCCAAUGUAAGUGACCUCAAGAAUUUGACGCCGUUCUGGCUAGUGGCAGCGUUCUACAUAACAACAUCGCCCGAGAGAAAUACUGCUUUGACGCUUCUACGCUGUUUUGUGUUGGCAAGGUUUGUGGCUGCUCUGGGGUAUGUGAAGAGGUUACCGAAGAUGGCAACAGAAUUAGCUUUCUUCGUGUCUUUCUCGAUCACGGCCUAUAUGAGUGGGUAUGUGGUGUUUACAAAAUUUCCGUGCUCCAUUAAUACAAUGGCGUGUCUGAUUCCAAACGACGAAUUGAUGCAGAGUUACAUCUUCUACUCAGCUAUGUUGAUCCUGAAAUUACUAGCGCUGGUGCCAUUAGCGUCGAUCGUUGAUAAUCCGGAGAAGGUGAGAAAAGCAAAUGUUAACGAUCUCAAGAACUUGACGCCUUUUUGGCUGCUGGCGGGGCUGUACAUGACGACGUCUCCGGAAACGAUGACAGCCAUAAUCUUGAUGCGCAGCUUUGUCAUCGCGAGAUUCGUAGCGGCAUUGGGCUACGUAUUGAAGCUGCCAAGAAUAGCAACGGACUCUGCUAUGUUCGUGUCUCAUAUCAUCACAGGUUUCAUGGGAACGUGGGUUAUUUAUAAAUACCGUAAAGCUUUAUGA